AUGAGCCCGACACGUUCUGCGCCGCUAACCUCACGGCCUACAUCUUGUGGAAAAGCGAUUCCCAAGCCACGACCCCGCUUAGAGCCCUCACCUUUACCUCUGCAGCCUGUUGAGCAUGUGCCGUCGACACAAGGUCAAUUCUUAAAUGCGACCGCUUCUACGACGCACAACGUUUCGCCGGCAAAAGCCGUUCGCGGCUCAAGUAGCCUGUUUUCUGGACAUGGAAAUCUAGGAUAUGUUCCCAUCACAGCGCCCCCCGCUCCAGAAUUUAUAACAGAUUCUCCUUCCAAACACCCCUCCUUCGGAUAUCACCACACCGCUGCUUCUUCCUCUUCAAUGCCCCAAUCCGCGUUAUUCACGACAUUCUCCACUUCCAGUUCAGGGAAACAGUCUCCAAAGGAAACCCAAUCAUCAGAUGAACCCAACAGCGAUAAUUUUGCAGACUUCCCCGAACCCUCAUUCAUACCCAAACCUUUGAAGAGGACACUCAUGGAUGCAGCGCCACUGAAGGAACGACAAACAAAGAAGCAGAAGCGGGAGGAACCUAGUUCUAUGCGCUUACCGGAACCUCAUGAAAUGCCUCCGAUAGAAGACGAUGGUACAAAGCCGCCUUAUAGCUAUGCAACGCUGAUUGGCAUGUCUAUACUUCGUGCGCCAAACAGGCGAUUGACAUUAGCGCAAAUAUACAAGUGGAUC